CGCAAAAGUUGCCGUUAAAAUGGACAGACAGGAGUGCAUGCGUCGUGCGGCGGAAUUUGCUGUAGACACCUAUAUUCAGAAUGGCAUGAUAGUUGGGCUUGGCACCGGUUCUACAGCCAGUUAUGCUGUAAGAUACUUAGCUAAGCAACUUUCUGCUGCGAAAUUGCGUGAUGUGACUGCUGUAGCUACCAGUGUGGCUACUUUUAGAUUAAUGUCUGAGUUGGGUAUUCCAUCACUUGAGUUUGAUGAUUCUGUGUCUAUAGACGUUGCCAUUGACGGUGCUGAUGCCAUAGACGGUGAUUUAAAUUUAAUUAAGGGUGGAGGAGGGGCACUUUUCCGUGAGAAGCUCGUGGAGCUAGGUGCUCGCAAAGUGAUAAUUAUAGCUGACGGCACCAAAAAGGUCAAGGGUCACCUUCUGCAGGCAUUCCACGUGCCGGUAGAGAUUGUACAGUUCGGCCAUGUUGUUACAAUUAGUCGCAUUUUGAGUCGUGUAGGACCUCAUGUACGUAGUUGGACUAAACGUAUGAAUGCCGAUGGUUCUCUUUACUUAACUGACAAUAACAACGUCAUUAUGGACAUUGAAUUCGGCCCUACUGACUUACCGAAUCUGGACUUUGAGUUGCGAUCGGUUCACGGGGUAGUUUGUACGGGCCUUUUUCUUGGUAUUGCUUCCACUGUGGUGAUAGCCCACUCGGAUGGUAAUCUUGAGGUCCUUUCUCCCGAUACUGCCUCGAAUUCUUAGUUUGACAGUGAUUACUGAGAUAAAUCAUAAUAUUUACACUUUAUAACUAUUGAUACAGCUUUGUAAUUG